AUGGCCUUCUUCGUGUACUCAGUAAUUUUUCUGUGCCUUGUUUCUGUAAACGCGCUUAGUAUAGAAAAAGUGAGUGGACGCAAUAAUGUGACGAAACGUCAAGCCGAAUUUUUCCCUGACUGGGUGCCGUUCAAAAACAAACAUGGUGAUGAAUUGGGAGAGUUUGUUAGUGUGCCCAAAACGAAAUUGAAGAAGCGAUUGGCUCCACCAGUGAAUUUCAUCCUCAGAGCUGUAGCUGAACCUGAAGGUGACGAUUAUUACGACAAGGGUCAAGGAGAAAGUGAUAGUGAUGAUUAUUAUGAGAAAAAAGAGUGGUCAGAUACAAAUCGACCUGCCGAAGCAGUCGAAGGUGAUAAAUCGCUAAAUCAUACGGAUAUAUCUGACAUCGAUGGAGUUGUGAAUAUAAUAACUACAAAACCCGAUAUUGAUGUAAGCAAGAUCCAUAUACCACAUUACAAUAAUAACAAUAAUAAUACGACUACUGAAAAGAAUGAACCCAAGGAUUCAUCGUCAGAUGAAGUAAAAGACAAAGAAACCAAGUCAGUUGAAGUUGAAAACAAUGAAUCUGGUGAGAAUAAGUCCACAGAUAAGAAAUCUGAUAAAAAAUAUGAAGAAGAUGCUGAAUAUGAAGAACCAGAUGUUGAAAAACAAAAACCUGAAAUAUCUGAUGAAGAACAAAGUGAAAACGAUGCAAAGAAAGCCAAAAUACUGGACAGUGUUGAUGAACUUAAAGAAAGACACGCCGAAGAACAACGAGCGAUAUCAGAAAAAGUCAAAGAGGAAGAAAUAUUUAGAGAAGAACAAGAACGCAAUAAUUUAGCACAUAAUCCAGAAGUUGGUAAAUAUGAUAAUCAUGCUGGUCAUAAGAAAAUGUCUGACUAUGAUGAAUAUGAAGAUAAGGAAGAAUCUGUUCAUGAUAAAUAUAAAAUAAAUUCUUUAAAAAACGCAGCGACAACGACUCGCCAACCGAAAAAACCAAAGAAGCUGAAAAACAAAGACAAAAAAGAAGCGGUAGGCAAAUUAUCUGUAUUCAAAAAUCCACAACUUUACAUGAUAUAUGAUGACGAAAUUGCUAAUGAAACCCCUACAACUAAAACGCCUACGACUCAAAUGUCUACAUCCAAAAAUCCUACAACGACAUCGAAGCACUCUAGAUUCUCGUCACGUUAUGCAACUACUACCGUGAUACCUGACAUUGAAGAAAACGUCCGCAUAUCAUUAGUACCUCAAGACGAAGGCAAAGAAGGUGAACCAACUCUCUUUUUCCCUAAAACCCGAAAGAACAAGCGAAGACGCAAAAAUAAGAAAACAACUCCUGAACCCGACUCAUAUGUAGCUGAGACAGUAAAAGAUAAAGGUCUAACAACCGCUCCAGAAUUCCCAACAACUGCAACUGGUCCUGAUAAUACCGCAACAGGGUCUGACAUCACAGGAACAGGGCUUGAUACAACAGGAGCAGAUACGGUUACAACUGCUCAAGAAUCUGCGCCUACAGCAGUAAGUGACGCGGUGCCAGCUUCAAGUGAUCACAAGGGCCAUGGAAGUAAAAACGGAAAUUACAAAAAAGGUAAGUCUGAUAAAACCAAUACUUUAACUACUUAA